GACAACUGGCUGAAGUUGGUUGAGUCUGUUUUCUGUACCUCUUGGAGACUCAGCAUAUGGGCUGUGGCGAAAAUGAAGAGUUGGGCAUUUCUCCUCCUGCCAGUAGUGAUUUCCAAUCUAGCAUCUGGAUCUUUGUAUGGUCCUGUGGAUUCCUGCAAAGGACGAUGUAAUGAAAAAUAUAACAAGGAAGAUGUGUGCCACUGUGAUGAUAACUGUAAACAAAAUCAGAACUGCUGCGAAGAUUACCACAUCCACUGCAGAACAGGUACCACAGAUGACAAAGAAAAGGAAGGUUUCUCGUACAGAGACAACACUAUAACUGAUGAAGAACUACAAGAAGCAUCAGAGAAGAUUUACCAUAGUGACCACAACAGAGCAGAGGAGUCUGACAUUGUCUUAAACAAGCAGUACUUUACUUCCAAAACAAAUGGGCAGGAAGAUAAUUCCCCAGAUAAGCUCUUCAGCUAUGUCAACCAUGAGAAACUCUUCUCAAGGCCAACUUAUGCCAGCUUCAUCAAGCUAUUGGAUAACUAUAAUGCACGUGUUGGGACAGAGGAGAAAUUCACCAAAGAACAAAUGAAGGAACAGGACAUUUUCCUCCAGGAGAUCAUGAAGACUGAGGUCAUGAAAGAGCUAUAUACGUUUCUUCACAGCAAAAAUCGUUAUGACACAGAAGCAGAGUUCGUUGAUGAUCUUAAAAAGAUGUGGUUUGGCCUUUAUUCCAGAGACAAGAAUGAGGAUGAUGACUCCAGUGGCUUUGAACAUGUUUUUCUAGGAGAAAUCAAGAAAGAAAAAGUAUCUGGAUUCCACAACUGGAUUCGUUUCUACCUUCUGGAGAAACAGGGCAUUGUUAACUAUUUCAGCCACAGCUAUGAUGGUCCGUGGACCUCCUAUCCAGAUGUGUUGGGAAUGCAAUUCAACUUUGAUGGAUUUUACAAACAGGUUGGAAGUACUUUUAUUGGAAGCAGUCCUGAAUUUGAAUUUGGACUCUAUUCCCUGUGUUUCAUUGCUCGGCCUGGAAAAGUGUGUCAUCUGAAAAUUGGAGGCCACAAUCUGGAUAUCCAAACGUAUACUUGGGAUAAAUCCACUUAUGGCAAUGGCAAAAAGUAUAUUGCCACAGCUUAUGUGGCUACCUCAUGAGGUUGCAAUAUUUUAAAAAAACCCUCUUGAAAGACCCAGAAACAAUCCACAGAACAUCCAAUGUUAAUCUCUCUUCAUGCCAUUUUACAACUGCUGAAUAUUGUAUGUGUUCUUUGAUCUUUUAAUGUUGUAUUCAUGAUAGCUGGAAUGGGCCAUAGUGAAAAGAGAUUAUAAAUCUACAAGUCUUUGGCAAACUAAGUUCAGCUGGCAGGCAUAGAUACUAAGUAACUUUUUUCUGGAGAUGACGCAUAUUUCACUUAAAGUAAAAACAGAAUGGAAAAUGAAAUCAUGUUUGAUUUUGAAAAAAACAAACAACCGCAAGCUGGCAGCUCCACAUUUAAAAACAUUUCUAAAAUUACCUGCCAUUGUCUUUUUCUUGAAAUAAACCAGCUUUCUAUUUAAGCAAAAAAGAAUGAAGAAACUUUGCAAUAAGUGGAACGUAUGUGUGUGUGUAUGCACACACACAUAUACACAACACACACACACACACACACAUUUCAUUCAUUUACUUAUUCAUUCACACGCUGUUUAGCAAGAGUAGCUACUCCGGAAACUAUUCAGAAGUGGGGACAAGAAGGGGAAGAGAAUCUAAACCAGUAUUUAGUAUAACUAUGUGAAAUAUCAAAACAGAAUCUUUAAGAAUGGUACUUAAUUUCCUAUUUCUGAUCCAUUGGGUUGGUCUCUGAUUUCUUUUUUG